AUGGCUUCUCGACUUAUCCUUGACCCCAUGGCUGCGCUCACCGUAGCCCCUCUCAUCUCAUCGACGUGCACCCUGUGGUAUUCAUUUGACCAACACCAUUUCCUGCGCGUCUUCACUUCGCCUACAAACCGUCCAAAAUCAGACUUUAUUCUACCUACAUACUUUAAAGAAUUCUUUGCAGCAGGACUUCCUCGUGUAGUCGGACUUCUUGGGCUGACAUUCUGGACCUCAAUCGGAAAUUACUAUUGGCGAUACGACUCGUUGGUUGGCACUCGGUCACUACGGUGGUAUAUUGCAGGCGCCUCACUUGCAGCUAGUCAUCUGCUUUUUGUGCCGUUGGUCGCACCACGGAUUCGUGCUAUUGUGGAGGAUGACCGGUCAAAUGGAACUCCAACUAGUGUUCUUGAUGAAUGGUUGAAUAUUCAUUUGCUGCGUACUUGGACGGUAGAUUUGGCUGCUUGGGCUUGCUUGGUGGUGGCUGUUACUUUGAACGUGAAGGUAUAG